AUGAUGAACGGUACUGACAUCAAAAACGCCGUUCUGAAUCCUGCGAAGAAAGUUGCGACCACUGCAGCCCUCGCUGCAAACAACAGCAACGGCCAGAAGAAACGGCGGAAAGGCGACAAUCUGAAGCCCAUAAUCACCACUGAGAACGCGUCCUCUUCUCUUCACGAGAGCCCCACUCAAUUAGAGGCAGAAUCACCCUCAUCAUCCACGUCCGAGGAGGACCCCGCCGAAACCACGGCCGACGAAGAGGAUUCCGAAGACUACUGCAAGGGUGGCUACCAUCCUGUGCAUGUAGGAGAGACAUACAACAAUGGUAGAUAUGUUGUGGUGCGAAAAUUGGGAUGGGGUCAUUUUUCAACCGUCUGGCUUUCAAGAGAUACAACCACCGGUAAACAUGUCGCCUUAAAAGUCGUCAGAUCGGCUGCGCAUUACACAGAGACCGCCAUCGAUGAAAUUAAACUCCUAAACAAGGUGAACCAGGCGAACCGCAACCAUCCUGGUCGCCGCUACGUCGUCAGCCUUCUCGACUCCUUCGAACACAAGGGCCCGAAUGGUGUGCAUGUAUGCAUGGUUUUCGAAGUCUUGGGCGAGAACUUGCUUGGUCUGAUCAAGAGAUGGAAUCAUCGAGGAAUUCCGAUGCCUCUGGUCAAACAAAUCACCAAACAGGUCUUACUGGGCCUGGAUUAUUUACAUCGCGAAUGUGGUAUCAUUCACACCGACCUGAAGCCAGAAAAUGUCUUGAUCGAGAUCGGCGACGUCGAACAGAUUGUCAAGGCAUUUGUAAAGGAUGAAAAGGACUCUACAAAAGACGACAAUCGGAACGGCCGGAGGCGAAGGCGAACUCUGAUCACUGGUAGCCAACCUCUUCCCAGCCCGUUGAAUGCGAGCUUUACAAAUUUAGAGAAGCUGGGCAACGCACACCACCACCAAGCGAGCAGCUUGAAUCAGGUCAUCAACGAUUCAGUUUCCAACAAGUCGACAGAGGGCCUGUCAAUGAUCGAACAACUGAAAUUGAGAUCGCAAGACGGAAAGGAAAGCGAGGAGUCAUCCAAGACUCGGGAAGGGACUGCUGACCCACUGGAGAAGGACUUGGCCGGCGUUUCGCUUGACAAUAAAAAGGCGAGCGAUGCGGAGAAAGUUCUAAAGGCCGCAAAGCAUGAAGAAGAGCCAGCGAGUGAGAUCAUCUCGGUCAAGAUAGCGGAUCUGGGGAACGCUUGCUGGGUCAACCAUCAUUUCACGAAUGAUAUCCAAACAAGACAGUACCGGUCACCUGAGGUCAUACUGGGCGCGAAGUGGGGUGCGAGUACAGAUGUCUGGAGUAUGGCAUGCAUGGUGUUUGAACUGAUCACUGGUGAUUACUUGUUCGACCCUCAAUCCGGUACCAAGUACGGCAAAGACGACGACCAUAUUGCGCAAAUCAUCGAGCUUCUGGGUCCGUUCCCCAAGUCGCUGUGUCUCUCAGGCAAAUGGUCACAGGAGAUCUUUAACCGGAAAGGCGAACUUCGCAACAUCCAUCGGUUACGACACUGGGCUCUCCCUGACGUGCUUCGAGAAAAGUAUCACUUCUCGGUGGAAGAUUCUAAGAAGAUCAGCGAUUUCUUGCUUCCGAUGCUCCAACUACCGCCGGAAGCACGAGCCAAUGCUGGAGGCAUGGCGAAUUCCGAGUUUUUGCAAGGCACAAAAGGGAUGGAAGGUGUGACAGUUGACGUUCCGGUGGGAAGCAAAGGCGACGGGAUUGAGGGUUGGGCAAUGGAGAUCAAGAAACGAUGA